GCGUCAGUGGAGUCCGCUGCCUUCGUACUUCCAGGAAGGUUGCAACGCGUGUGCCACCCGCUGACCACUUGCUUAUCGCACCAUAAAAAGGCCCCCAAGUGGUCCUUCGCCGAACGCUGCCCCGACCAGCUCGCACGGCCACGGCCCGUGCCAGGGCCUGGCACCUACGAGGUGUCGGCUGCCGAAACAGCGGCGAAGACCUUCCAGCGGCCCCCAAAGUUCAGUUUCGGAUCCGCCGGCCGGAAUUUGGUGGCAUCCAAGCUGCGCAAGGAGACAGAGACCCCGGGUCCCGGCGCGUAUGGGGGGCAUUACACAACUUUCGGGUACUGA